GAGAGAGAGAGAGAGAGAGAGAGAGGGAGGAGUGACAUGUAGAUUGUCCACUAAUGCAUGCCAGUUUCUGUGACACGUGUGUGUGUGUGUGUAUGAGAGAGAGAGAGAGAGAGAGAGAGAGAGAGAAAGAGAGCAGAUCAUAUUGCAAAGAUGAAGAGAGUGGCCGAGGACGAGGGAAAUGAACUAUUCCUCCGUUCCAUCCCCUGCUUCCUGCACUCCUCAGGACCUGGAUGCUGAGGGACCAAGGAGGACUUUCUGCUCAGGACCUAAACCCCCUUUUCUGGAGGACUUUAUUUGGAGACACUGAAUUAAAGAGAAAAAAGAAAGAAAGACGUGACUCUCAGGAGUGGAGUCCAGUCUCUCUCGCUCUGUGUGUGUGUGUGUGUGUGUGUGUGUGUGUGUGUGUGUGAGAGAGAGAGAGAGAGAGAGAGAGAGAGAGAAGCAGAGAUGGACGGAGUGUGUACAUCCACCGGGAGCUGCUGCAGCCCCUCUGAUCAAAUGCUCCAGUUUGGAUAACACACACACACACUCUCACACACACACACACACACACACACACACACACACACACACACACACUGAGCGGCAGCAGGAAACGCAAGGCUUCCGGAUUUUUCCACCCCUAUUCCUGGGGCUGCUCCAAAACUGUCUGCUCCAACCCCUCCACUGACACCCCAGGACUGAACCAUUGCUACAAGAGGGUGGGGGAGUCAGUGAAGGGGGAAAAUACUUGCUAGCCUGGACUCUUAUCACAUCCAGAUUGAAGAGGAGAUAAAAAAACAGACGGAUAAAAGAUGAGUGUGAGCCGUAUGAGCCGUUACAGCAUCGUGUCGUCGGAGGAAGACGCUUUGCGCCUGACCACAAUCCAUGGCAGCAGCGGCGUUAAUGGCUACGGCAACGGGAACGGAAAGAUCCACAUGCGCAGGAAAUGCCGCAACCGCUUUGUGAAGAAGAACGGACAAUGCAACGUCCAGUUCACCAACAUGGAGCAGAAAUCGCAGCGCUACCUGGCUGACAUCUUCACCACCUGCGUGGACAUCCGCUGGCGCUACAUGCUGAUCGUGUUCACGCUUGUGUUUGUGCUGUCAUGGCUGGCGUUUGGUUUGGCAUUCUGGGUAAUCGCGCUGCUCCACGGCGACCUGGACAACCCGGCGGGGGACGACAGUUUCACACCGUGUGUCCUGCAUGUAAAUGGCUUCUUGGCAGCAUUUCUGUUUUCCAUUGAGACUCAGACGACCAUUGGUUAUGGUUUCCGUUGCGUGACAGAGGAGUGUCCGGUCGCCAUCUUCCUUGUAGUCUUCCAGUCCAUCGUGGGCAGUAUCAUCGAGUGCUUCAUGAUUGGUGCCAUUAUGGCGAAAAUGGCACGGCCCAAAAAGCGUACUCAGACUCUUCUGUUCUCGAAAAAUGCCAUCAUCGCCAUGAGGGAUGGGAAGCUCUGCCUCAUGUGGCGCGUCGGGAACCUUCGCAGGAGUCACAUCGUCGAGGCUCACGUCCGAGCGUUGCUAAUCAAACCGCGUGUGACUGCAGAGGGAGAGUACAUCCCACUAGACCAGCUGGAUAUUAACGUUGGGUUCGAUCAAGGGCUGGACAGGAUCUUCUUGGUCUCGCCGAUCACCAUUUUGCACGAGAUUGACGAGGACAGUCCGCUUUAUGAGAUCAGCAAGCGGGAUCUGGAGACGGCAGACUUUGAGAUCGUGGUGAUCCUCGAGGGGAUGGUGGAGGCCACAGCCAUGACGGCGCAGGCUCGGAGCUCGUACUUGGCAAGUGAGAUCCUGUGGGGCCACCGGUUUGAGCCCGUGCUUUUCGAGGAGAAGAAUGAGUACAAGGUGGACUAUUCACACUUCCACAAGACGUAUGAGGUUCCGUCUACGCCGCGCUGCAGCUCUAAAGACAUGCUCGAGAACAAGUGCGUGUCUGCUGCCGACAACGCCUCCACGUUCUGCUACGAGAACGAGCUGGCGCUGCUGAACCGUGACGAGGAAGAUGAGCAGGAAUGCACCCAGAGAGAACGGCAAGACUUUAAACAUGUGUCUCGGAGCCUCGAGCAAAGGUCGUACCGUCGCGAGUCUGAGAUUUAACCCCCUUUGACCGUUUAGUUUAACAAUGCAGAACAAUGCAAAAGUGCCAUAAUGAGAGGCUUGGAACUGUGCACAUCAAUGUGAGAGUGUGUGCAUGUGUGCGUGUGUGUGUGUGUGUGUGUGUGUGUGUGUGUGUGUGUGUGUGUGUGUGUGUGUGUGUGUGUGUGAGUGUGAGUGUGAGUGUGUGAGUGAAAUGCUAAAAGAGAGAUGAUGCACAGUUCGGGCCAGAGACUUUUUUUAAAAUCCUGCACGGAAACUUGAAUCUUUUCCUCCUUCUUGUUUUAUUUAUUUUUCAUAAAUCUAGUUUAGUUAAAAUCUGAUCUUCUGAAUUUGUAAAUAUUUUUGCGUAGAUAGGUUACGAAUUUGUGUGGAUUAUUGCUUUCGUUCUAGAGAGAGAGAGAGAGACAGAGAGAGAGAGACAGAGUGUGUGAAAGAGGAAGGUUUCUUUUUCUUUUAUUUUUGUCUAGCACUACUGAUUCCAAAUGCCCACAAACACACCACACACACCACACACACACACACACACACACACACACACACACACACACACACACACACACACACAUACAGUACAAGCAUGACAGAUUCCCUUUUCAAGUUGCACUACCUAAACAAACAGAAAUGUCUGAGUGUGUGUGCGACCAAGCACUAAAUUUCAUUAAAAACAUAAAUAGAAACCCAGACAAGCUCACACACACGCACACACACACACACACACACACACACACACACACACACACACACUGUUGAGUGGGAGUCUCUAUAUUUAUCUAUAGCUUGUCCUGAUUUUACAUUCCUUGGCGUUCCCGAAACAAUGAGGGGGCGGAGCUAAUAUUAAAUUUGACCAGCCAAUGGUAAAGCUGAUUAUAUGACAUGAGCAUUAGCUAAUGUUAGCUACCCUGCUAGCAAACCCAAGCUAGAUAACAUUAUGUUAAAAGAAAGUAAAUAGAGUAGGGCUGAUGUCACAUGACCAGGUUUGCAAUUGGUUAAUCAAAAUGCAACUUAAGCUCCACCCCUUUUCCCACAGUCAAAGGUAUCAGUCUACCAAUCGUGGACGUACAAUAAAUUAUGGCAUAGAGUUACAAUUAAUAAUAAUAACGACUAGACAAGUGAAAAGAAGUGGCUGGCACUGUCAUAUAAUCAAGUUUGUGUCUGGCUGAUCAAAUGUAAACUAAGCCCCGCCCCCUUUUUGACCCUCAGCAAAAGAAUCAGAACGUGCUUCUUUAUAUGAAUUUAAUUUGACAUGCGUAUAAAUGUUUUAAGUACUUUAAAUAUUCAUUUGAUUUUAUCCCCCCUUUAAUAUUCAAACCUCAGGGCCAAAAUGAGGCUGCUGUAUGUGUGUGUGUGUGUGUGUGUGUGUGUGUGUGUGUGUGUGCGUGUGUGUGUGUUUGAGCUAUUUCUCUGCUCUUUGAGACUUUUUAGCACACAAUUACACAGUAAAUGCAGAAUAAAUGCAGAGCUGAUACAAUAAGCAACACCAGUGUGUAACAGGGGCUUAUAAUACAAGUACAACACCAGUGUGUGCACUGUUACACAUCUGUAAUAAACAAUAAUGAUGUUCAGGUUUAAUCACAACGUUGAAAAGUUACUUUACCCAAUAAAAUAUUCAGUUUCAGAAAGCAUAGAGUAGCAUAUGACAGAUCUCAGUGCUGUAAUGAAUCACUGAGUGAAUGAAAUAAACAGGGUGUAAAUGUGACGAACAGCUGGAACAGCAGCUGAACUGUCUGAUCAGACCCAGCUUUAUCUACCCCGGUGACCCAGCUUUAUUUACCCCGGUGACCCAGCUUUAUUUACCCCGGUGACCCAGCUUUAUUUACCCCGGUGACCCAGCUUUAUCUACCCCGGUGACCCAGCUUUAUCUACCCCGGUGACCCAGCUUUAUCUACCCCGGUGACCCAGCUUUAUUUACCCCGGUGACCCAGCUUUAUUUACCCCGGUGACCCAGCUUUAUCUACCCCGGUGACCCAGCUUUAUUAACCCCGGUGACCCAGCUUUAUUUACCCCGGUGACCCAGCUUUAUUUACCCCGGUGACCCAGAUUUAUUUACCCCGGUGACCCAGCUUUAUUAACCCCGGUGACCCAGCUUUAUUUACCCCGGUGACCCAGCUUUAUUUACCCCGGUGACCCAGCUUUAUUUACCCCGAUGACCCAGCUUUAUUUACCCCGAUGACCCAGCUUUAUUUACCCCGGUGACCCAGCUUUAUUUACCCCGGUGACCCAGCUUUAUUUACCCCGGUGGCCCAGCGUUAUCUACCCCGGUGGCCCAGCUUUAUUUACCCCAGUGGUCUGAAGUGAAGUGAGGAUGCGGGUUGUUAAGAAUGAGUUUAUGCUUUACUUUACGGUGUGAGUAGAUGUGUGCAUCAGGACCGAAGCAUUGCACGAGCAGGUGUGUUUUUACUUUAAUACAGGUGUCUGAUAUACAGCGUACUGCAUAAAGGAAGUCCGUACUCAUUAACACGGGAAAUGUACCGCUUACUCGCGUGGCGUUUACCACGUUCCUGCUUUAUCCUGGUCGGAGUUAUGACUAAUUUGUUUAUAUUUUGAGACGUAUGAACAACUAUCUGGUGAAACUUUCUGUGGUCAGACAUGCUAACAUCAAGCGCCCUUACUAAACAAAACAUACCCACGACAAACUGUCGUAUGUAAGUCCGUACAGAGUUCUUUUGUGGUUGUUGCGGCCAAAGAUGCUUGUGAGUUUUUUGUGCUUUUUUGUGAAAAACUACUUGAAUUGGUGAAAUCACACAAAAUUGUUCUGCGCGCUCUUUAGCCGCGAUGUUUGUUGGUAAACGAGACUUUUCAGCUGUUCUUAUGUGAAUUGAAGAGGGAUUUGGCUGAAUGCGCAUUGUGAUGAUGUCACAGGAUGCGUCUCGACCCGAAUCUGCUGAAAAUCUGCGGUAAUUUUGAAGAAUUGCAAGUUCCUCCGGAAUGACGGAAUCCUGAAAGGACUAUUAUGCAUAGCAAUAAAAUAAUGUAAAAUAAAAUAAGGUUAAGCAUUAUAAGGUGAGAUUUGUUUCAGCUAUGAUAGACGCAUAUCUGGACCUUCAUAAGUAACACAUUAGAUGUAGCUGGACCUUUAAUUCAGUACCCCUGGCUUAGAGUGUAGGGUGUAGGGGACUUGGGAUGAGCUAUGAGAUUAUUGUGAUGUACAGACUCCACUAGCAGGGUUUAGGGUGUAGGGUUUAGGGACUGAGGGCGUAGCAGUGAUCUAUGAAGUACAGGCCUUAUGUAGGGUUUAGGACUCACCAUGAGAUAUCAGAUUAAUAAGAUGGUACAUUGUCCAGUAGAAGGGUUAAGUGUGUAGUGUAUAUGGUUCAGGAGAGAUACUGAGAGAUACUUUAACAAUGGUGUACGCCCUGUAUAAAGGUUUAGUGUGUAGGGUAGAAGGGUUUAGGGAGUUCACAUAAGCUAUGAGAUGAAAUGAUAAUAUACCUUUGUAAAGAAGAAAUAUAUACGCAUCACUAUUCUUAAGCCACACCCUCUAAUUGGAGAUAUUGUUGUAACCAUGGAAACAGAGCUGUGUAUCAGUGGUUUUCAGUAUCACACCUGGUUUACUCCAGAAACACUGUACUUUACCUUCUUCUGUUACCUUUUCUCUGUUAUUUUAUUUUAUUUUUAAAAGAAAAAAACAGUAUGAGGUGAUUUAUCACGUAGUUGGAUAGUUUGGUGUGAUUUAUUAAACUUUAUUGCUAGAUUAACUUUUGUUAAUUAAAUUGCUCAGCCCUA